UUCUCGUCUCAUGACGUCUGGCCAAGAAAACGUACUAUUGGUCUUAGAAUAAUAAAGGGAAAUGGGGAUGGAAAUGAGAUUCUCACAGACUACAUCAUACACAAUCAUCAUUUGACUCCGUCACUACAAACAAACAAAUCAACCAAUCUGACAGGUAUGAUCUGGCAUCAACAGUUGGCAUAGAGACAGUCACCCAGGCCUCCAGACUUCACAGAGAACAAGGAAAUGAGAAUCCACACCCAUCUGUGAGCUGCGUCUACCAAAACUGUCCCCCACCAUUGACAAUACUCCUUCAACGCCAGGCAGUUGGUUUUCCAUCUACCGCAAUCCUGAUCACCAUGGACGCUGUUCAACAGAUUGCUGGAAGUAAUAAUACUUAUCCUUCAGAGGCAAACGCUUCAGCAGAAGUGAGUGCGACUGCAGCUGGACACAUACUGAGACAGAAGGGAAAGGCCAGUGAGAGAGAUGGAACCCCCAGUGUCCAUCGAGCAAAUGGCACUCAGGCGCUGAACAUGGACUUCAGCAACAUCUAUAGCAGAGAUCUGCUCCCGGCAGAGGGUGGUGUGGAAGCAACCAAGAGCUUUAUACAUGAACUGGUGGAUAUUCUCUUCGCCUACAUCUGCAAAUCAGCAAACAGGAGCUCUAAAGUGCUGGACUUUCAUCAUGUCCAUCAAUUGAAGGACGGCUUGGACGGGUUCACCUUAGAGCUCCCUGACCAACCCGAGAACCUUGAGCAGCUCCUUGUCGAUUGCCAAGAUACCCUAAAAUACGGCGUCAAAACUGGGCAUCCACGCUUCUUCAACCAGCUGUCAUCUGGUCUUGACAUCAUUGGCCUGGCAGGGGAAUGGUUGACCUCAACGGCCAACACUAACAUGUUCACCUAUGAAGUGGCGCCUGUCUUCAUACUCAUGGAAGAGAUUCUUCUGAGUAAGAUGAGGAGCAUGAUUGGAUGGCCCGCGGACGAAGGGGAUGGAAUCUUCUGUCCAGGUGGCAGUAUGUCUAAUCUGAACAGCGUGCUUCUGGCAAGGUACCACUUUUUCCCUGAGGUGAAGAAAGCGGGAAUGACUGUUCUUCCAAAGCUGGCCCUGUUAACCUCCUCACAUAGUCAUUACUCCAUCCAGAAAGCUGCCACGGUGCUGGGGAUCGGCACUGACAACGUGCUGCUGGUGAAGUGUGAUGAACGGGGGAAGAUGAUUCCUGCUGAACUAGAGUCUGGCAUCAUCACAGCCAAAGCCAAGGGUCUGGUCCCAUUUUAUGUCAACGCCACCGCAGGGACCACUGUUUAUGGUGCCUUCGACCCUCUGGACGACAUUGCCAACAUUUGUGACCGCCAUGGACUGUGGAUGCAUGUUGAUGCAGCUUGGGGUGGUGGUUUGCUGAUGUCCAAGAGACACUGUGCCAAAUUGAGUGGGAUUGACAGGGCAUCCUCUGUAACCUGGAAUCCUCACAAAAUGAUGGGAGUCCCACUGCAAUGCUCAGCUUUUUUAGUGCGUAAAAAGGGAAUCUUGCAAGAAUGCAAUCAGCUCCGAGCAGCAUACCUGUUUCAGCCUGACAAGCACUAUGAUGUCUCCUAUGACACUGGGGAUAAGACCAUGCAGUGUGGAAGACACGUGGAUGUCUUCAAGUUAUGGCUCAUGUGGAAAGCAAAGGGCUCAGAGGGGUUUGAGUCCCAGAUCAACAGAUGUUUGGAUAAUGCAGAAUAUCUGUAUGACAAGCUGGAGGGAAAAGCUGACUUUCAGCUGCUCUUCAAAAGCAAACCAGAGCACAGCAACGUCUGCUUCUGGUACCUUCCACAGAGCGUGAGAAGUAUGCCAGCGGGGUUAGAAAGAAACAAGAAGCUGCACACGGUGGCACCAAAAAUCAAGGCCAAGAUGAUGGAAGAAGGGCAGACCAUGAUUGGGUACCAACCUCUGGGAGAUAAAGUGAAUUUCUUCCGUUGUGUCUUCUCAAAUCCAGCCACUCAGAGAGAGGAUAUAGAUUUCCUUCUGGACGAAAUUGUACGGUUAGGUUCUGAUCUCUAACUUUUUAAAAAAUGUUGUGCAGUUCAUGGAAAUAGUCGUCAACAGUUUUUUGUUUCAGGCGUUUCAUAACGCAGUUCAAGGUGGCCUCAAAAAGACCACAUUCAUGGAAAAACAGGCUUGUUGUAGAGCGAACAUGAAGUUCUCAUGGGCUGCCAUUUUAACUUCAUAUUGGGAGGCCUACGGAAAGGAUUUGUCUUUUUUCUCUGUCCAGGUACACGUCCUCCCUUAGACAUUUAAGAUUGUAGCCCUGCAGUGGAUAAUAGUUAUUAAGACAUUGGUUGGAGUAGGCAGUGCUUCUGCUUUUGUUCAUGCACUCCUCUAGUUAACCUUGGACAUGUUGGUUACAGUCCACAACAAGUCUCUCAUAUCAUACUGCUUGACAGAGGAGCUCUUUCGGGUUUAGGUAAACACAGACAUAGAGGUAGGCACAAAGGAAGGCCAUUGACUAUACAGUGGAUCACUUCAAGGGGAAUCAUUAUCAUCAUAGAACGCAGAUGUCCUUUUGUCACCUAAAAUCAAGAGGACCACAGCUGCCGAUGUCUCUCGAAAGACAAAGGUGAAGGUCAACAAUUGCAGCCUUCUUGCUGCCCUCUGAGAUUUUCAUCAAGUUGGCACAGCCACAUUGUCUGCUCCUUGAGGACUUUAAACAAGUUGUGUAAUCAUGUCCCAUGUUGCAAUCUGUUGUUUGAAACAAUCCUGUUUGUUGCAAUUUGUACUGCAACCUUUGUCUUGUCAUUCCACAGACUACCAGAUAGGAUAAACAAGCUUAGAUUAGAUGACAUUAAUACAUUAUACAAUGAAUAAUUCAUAUUAAUAGAUAAAAUUAGAUACAUUUCACAUUUCAACACAAGAAAGCAUUCUGCACUUUAUCAUGGUGGUUGGAAGAACUAUGUAAACAAUAAUAUAAUGUGAUAUAUUUUUCAGCAAUUAUGGUCUUUCAAUUUAAAUUGUAGGAUGUUACAUUAGAAUUGAUUAGUUCCAUUGUAAAGAAUGUAAUUUGUAAUGUAGUUGAAAGUUGACACUGAAAUAAAUGCAACUUCAUUAAUAAUAAUGAUCAUUAAUCAUAAUUCAUCUUUUGACUAAAUAUUUCAGAUAGUCUUGUGAGAGGUUCUACAUAAAAGAAUGCCUCAUCAAUAUGGAUUACUCUGUAACCAGUGCUGUGGGAGAUAUUAAAUUAAUUUAGGAUAACCUUCUCCUUGAAGAUAUGUACUGGAUGGUGUGUUUCAUUUCAUUGACACCAGAAGAUGUAACAGAAUGGUUUAUAACUACUGUAGAUGCACCGCAUAGUGGUG